CCAAAACCGUCUCAAACGCGGCCGGUGGGGGUUCGACAGCUGUUCGAAUCCCGUUAUCCCGAGGUCCAGAUGCGGCGGCAGACUCGCUGUAGGGCUCCGGCCCAGUAAGGCUCCGGCCCGGGUCGGCCCUCACCUCCCGGCAAGGCCUGCUGGGAAUUGUAGUUCAGUUGCCGAAGAGCCGCGAGAAGCCCCAUCCUUCUCUUCUGCUUCCUCCCCUCCCGGGAUGAGUCCGCAGAACAGGGGGAGCUGGAAGGGACCCAGAGCGCACGGGGCUCGCGUUCCUAACGGACCGUCGUCCUCAGGGCGCAGUCCCAGGUGAUGCCAUGGAGAGUGGAAAGCCUGGUCCAGUGCAGGUGGUCUUGGUUCAGAAGGACCAGCAUUCCUUUGAGCUAGACGAGAAAGCCUUGGCCAGCAUCCUCUUGCAGGACCACAUUCGAGACCUUGAUGUGGUGGUGCUGUCAGUGGCCGGGGCCUUCCGGAAGGGCAAGUCCUUCUUUCUGGACUUUAUGCUCCGAUACUUAUAUUUCCAGAAAGAAGGUGGCCAUUUGAACUGGCUAGGCGAUCUAGAAGAACCGUUAACAGGAUUUUCAUGGAGAGGGGGCUCUGACCCGGAGACCACUGGGAUUCAGAUCUGGAAUGAAGUUUUCACGGUGGAGAAGCCAGGCGGCAAGAAGGUUGCAGUUGUCCUGAUGGAUACCCAGGGGGCCUUCGACAGCCAGUCCACUGUGAAGGACUGCGCCACCAUCUUCGCGCUGAGCACCAUGACCAGUUCUGUGCAGAUUUAUAAUUUGUCCCAGAACAUUCAGGAAGAUGAUCUUCAACAGUUACAGCUCUUCACAGAAUAUGGUCGUUUGGCAAUGGAUGAAAUUUUCCAAAAACCCUUUCAGACGCUGAUGUUUUUGGUUCGAGACUGGAGCUUCCCUUAUGAAUACAGCUAUGGACUACAGGGAGGAAUGGCAUUUUUGGAAAAGCGCCUGCAGGUGAAGGAGCAGCAGCACGAGGAGAUCCAGAACGUCCGGAACCACAUCCACUCGUGCUUCUCCAGCGUGUCCUGCUUCCUGCUGCCGCACCCAGGGCUCCAGGUGGCCACGAGCCCUGAGUUCGAUGGGAAAGUGAAAGAUAUCGCCGGCGAGUUCAAAGAGCAGUUACAGGUGCUGAUUCCAUACAUACUAAACCCCGCGAAUUUGAUGGAAAAGGAGAUCAAUGGCUCAAAAGUCACCUGCCGAGGGCUGUUGGAGUAUUUUAAGGCGUACAUUAAAAUUUACCAAGGAGAGGAUCUGCCUCACCCCAAGUCCAUGCUUCAGGCCACUGCCGAAGCCAACAAUUUAGCAGCCGCAGCCUCUGCCAAGGACAUUUAUUACAACAACAUGGAAGAGGUGUGUGGGGGAGAGAAACCGUAUUUGUCUCCAGACAUCCUAGAGGAGAAGCACGGUGAAUUCAGACAACUUGCUCUGGACCACUUUAAGAAGACCAAGAAGAUGGGUGGGAAGGAUUUUAGCCUUCGUUACCAGCAGGAGCUGGAGGAGGAGAUCAAGGAACUGUACGAGAACUUCUGCAAGCACAACGGCAGCAAGAACAUCUUCAGCACCUUCCGAACCCCCGCUGUGCUCUUCACGGGCAUCGUGGCGCUGUACAUCGCGUCGGGCCUCACCGGCUUCGUCGGCCUGGAGGUUGUGGCCCAGCUGUUCAACUGUAUGGUUGGGCUGCUGCUAAUCGCACUUCUCACCUGGGGCUACAUCAGGUACUCUGGUCAGUACCGUGAGCUGGGCGGAGCCAUUGAUUCCGGAGCAGCGUUUGUGUUAGAGCAGGCUGCUUCCCAUAUGGGCAAUUCCACUCAGGCUGCUUUGAGGGAUGCGGUUGCUGGAAGACACCCCACGGAUAAAAAAGCCCAGUAGCAUCUCAGCGGGAGGAUUCGACACGACGCUGACCAGCGCCUGCUGACUUCUGGGUUUCCACCGCAGCCACAGGUCCAGGCCCAGAGGGGCGUGGGUCCGGGUCCAGCCGGGGACGAGCCAGAACUUGGCGCCAAUAAAUGAACAGACUUCUCCUGUGGUUUCAAAUUCUUAAACACACUUCCGUUGCUGACGGAAGCCUUUCUUUUCCUUGCUGGUGGUACAGAUCCAAGCCCGUGCCUGUUUUCUUACUGCUCUCUGCUUUGUGCACUUUAUGGGGGGAAAGCUAAAGGACAAAAUGGAAAUGCAGUUCCAAGCCCUUUCUGUGCCACGUAGUGCCUUUGCAAAUGGGACCCGUGCUUCUGCGGGCUUGACGGGGAGGGGCCGGGGCGGCCUCAGGGACGCCCGGCUGGGGGUGAAACGCGUCCGUUCCUUUGUACCUAAUCUGUUGAGAAGGAUUCCUUUUUGAAAAGUUUACAAAACUUGCAAAACCUUCCGAACUAAAGACUGAAAAUGAUGUCGUUACACCUUUAAAGUCUUAUAAUAUCAGAGGCUCCUGUCUGCCACACGGCGUGGGCAAACCAUCCCGUGUGUGAAUCUGCCAUUCAUUGACGUUUCCCCGACAGGCUGUCCGUUUUGUUGGAACUUUUUUUUUUGCCUUUAUUUCUGUCGCUUCUAGAGCAAACAUGCCUUGAAAAGCCAGAGAAGCUCAUAACAAAAGGAAUGAGCUUGAUGAUUUAAGACAAAAGCUAGCGUUUAAAUGAACCACGUGACCCCGUGUAAGUCACUGGAACUUGUGCCUUGGGCAGACUCAUUGCAGGUCUGUAUUCCUGUGUGCGUUAUGCACGCUCGCACACAGCUGUCUUUGGGAGGUUUUGUUUUUGAGAGUUCUGCACAAGAUCGAAACCUGAUUGCAAAUUUGAGGAAAGACAUUUCCAAAUGUCACGUCCUGCUUCACGUGACUUCCCAUUAAAUCAGGUCUUUAUCCAAAAUGUUCAUUUGCAUCCUCCUGUGCACUGAUGUUUUUAAUAAUGGAGCUAAAACCGUCAAUUUUAUCUUUAGUGAGUCUUCCUUUAUUUAACUUUACUUGACCUGUCUGCCAGCUUUAAAGUAGCUUUGGCUUAGUAAGGACCAAAGCCCCAUCCAAAUAAGGACACUAUGUAGAAGUAUAUAAGAAUUCUUUCAUUUACCUUGAUUGUGUGAUAAAAAUUUGUCUGUUAGUUGCCUUUUCCUUUGAUUUAUAAUGGUGAAUUAUUGUGGGUUUUAAAACUCCUAAAAAUUUGCCUGCAAGUAUUUAUGUAGACAUUCAGGUGUGUGAGCCUUAAUUCUGAAGAUAAUUUAAUUUUUGUGGGAGGGAGGGAGGGAGGGAGGUAGGAAGACCUAGGCAAAGUCCGAGUGAAUUCUGUAUAUAUGAAGUAUGAAUGGAAGGUGGAAAAAAGAAAGCUUCUUCUAGCAUACAAUCUAUUAAAGAAUUUUUUUGACUACUUUAACACUUUACCAUUCAAGUAUUUUUAUAAGUCCUGAAUUAAUUCCAAGCAUUUUAUAUUUUUUCAUAUUUGCAUACCGCCUUGCCCUGAAUGAAGUUCUUGCUAUUUUAGUCACUUGUCGUUAAAUUUGAGAAAAAUUCCUAUUUGUUCUAAAAACUGUCUACUUGCACAUCAGUGAUGCUUAGCUUUGACUGUUCAUCGAAACCUUACUUUUGGAAAUUUAGUGGAUUUUCAAAUGGCCUCUCAUAUUCCUGAACGUUCACGUUUAGUAGCCAGAGGCUUACGGAUGUGAAUUGAAAACAAACCCUUCAAGUCUCUUGAGUGCAGACGGAAAACGUCAGUGUGAUGGGUGGUGUUCUGCUAGAGCCGGAGUGCCGGCACUGGGUUUAGUAAACCUGUGUUUCCAUGUUUUACUUCUUGCUUAAAAAAACCUCACAGAUGCUGAGAUACUUCACUUGUAAUGCAUUUUAUAAGAAUAUUUAUAGAUUUCAGAAUAAUUGUCUAUAGAUUGCUCCUACUUUUAAUGGUGAGAAAAGGAUGAUGUGUCUAAAACUUAUUUUAAUACUAAAAUAUUAGAUUUUUUAAAGUAAAAAAAAUAAUGUAUGGCUCAAUGACAUCUUAGGAUUUAUUUACUCUUUAAAUUCACCAUUCCUGUUUGAUCUUAAAGGAAUAAUUUGAUCUAAUUACGCCAGGAAGCCUUAAUUUUUUUUGGUCUUUAUUAAUGUUCUUCUGUCUCUGAAAAGUGUUUAUAAGGUUUUCUCAGUGGGGAGUCUUAUGAGGUUUUUUUUUUUUUUGGCCUCUUUUCUAACAGUGAACCCAUAAGUUUAAAUUGUCUUUUUCAGUGUGAGAUGCAUUCUCAUUGUUGGCCUAAAAUAGUCCUGGGGAGGUUUAUAGCCCGGUUGAAAAGAAUGUCUUUCCCCUCUUACCUUCCCUCAGCCUUUCAUUUGUGGGUCCGAACCUGGGGGUUCGGACUCUGCUUCUUGUGUCGCGCUCCGGCUGCCGGCUGGCCUCUCCGCACAGCCUUCCUCAGUCGCACGUUCCUAACAGCGUGUGCACGCACUCCUGUUAGCAUGCGAAAGGCGGCUUUCAACAUUAACUAAUAAAAACUCAUUUCAGGAGAGGUUAAACAUUUUUUUAAUACUUACAAUUAGCUUAGAGUAAAAAUAAUAGAAUGAACAUGUUGAUUCUUUCACCGAGAGAUCUUUCCCGAUCAGUGUGUAGACAAAAGGAGGGCGGACUGCCCCCCUGUGGUCCCGCGUGGCAGUGCACUCGCAGACGCAGCCCUGGUUUCCGUGGCACUCGGGGAAAUCGUGGGCUCUGGGCACGUUUCUGCCCUGACACGUGCCGCACGUUCAGUGACACUGCCUGUGAAUAUGGUUUUUGCUUUACCUGUUACCACUUCUUUUUUUCUUUUACACAGAGUGAAAUGCUUUGGGCAGACAGCCGAGCUGCCCGGUGCUGGCAGCGCGUUUCUUAGGCGGUCACGCCCAGUGACGGUCGGCCGGCAGCGGUGGUGCCGCGGGCAGGGGGUUUGGGUGUGUGCACAGGUGUGUAAGAAUUGUGGAGAAAUUGAGUGACGGAUUUAAGUUCAGGCAGAAGCAAUAAAAAGGUUUUAUAUAUUUCUUAGGGGGCUAUUUUUUUUUUCCAAAUAACUUACAUGGACCCUGGCUGGUAUGUCUCAGUGGCUUGAGUGCUGGCCUGCGAACCAAAGGGUCACUGGUUCGAUUCCUACUCAGGGCACAUACCUGGGUUGUGGGCCAGGUCCCCGGCUGGAGGCACGUGAGAGGCAACCACACAUUGCUCUUUCUUUCCCUCUCUUCCUCCCUUCCACUCUCUACAAAUAAAUAAGUACAUAGUAAAAUAUUUAACAAAUAUAUAUAUGUAAUUUACAGGAAGUCUUCAUGGUAUUUUUUUUUUAAUCCCAUAGAAGUAUUGAAAUUCAGAUGGGCCUGCAUCAUUCCGGCUUACAUUUAGAUCCAGCAAAGUUUUAGUCAAGGGAAAAAGGCAUAAUGAAGACAAACUUCAGUUAUGAAAGUACAAUCUAUUUGUGUAUGUGAUUUUUUUUUUAAAGUUCAGAUUCCCAGCUUCAUACCAAGGGGUUGCCCCAGUUGGUCCGGGCUGCGGCCCCGGAGUGCCCACUUUAACACACAGUAUCGCAGGUAGUUCAGAGACUGCACCGUGCGGCGGGAAAGCGCAGUUCAGUGUGGUCGGGAGGCCCGUGGAGGCUUCUGCUUGCGGUUCAGGUGAGGUGUCUGCCAGGCACAACCCCCGAGGGCUCGCACCGUUCAGGGAGGGAAGGAUGCCUGCAGUCCGGGAGCAUUGGCUGGGCUCCUUGCAGCUGUUGUUCAAAGUUGGGAUGUCCUAGUGCCUUCUCUGAAAAAUGAAUGUAUAGGUAUCCUGUUUACUAGCAGGUAGGAUGAGGAUUAAACAAAACUAUUUUGAAAAUUGUUUUUCUUUUUUUAAAAAACGAAAUUCAGCACUGUGAUUUGAACCACUAAGUCACGCACAGAAAACCUCAAGCCAUAAAUAAGAAUGACGAACAGAAAGGAAGGAGAGGAUCAUAACCUGGAAAAUUAGCGACAAAGGAAACAACACACAUUAAGAACUUUCAGAACAGGUCUAGGGGCAGAAGCAUUUGAAAAAAGUUUUAUGUGCCAGAACUAAGAUUUAAGAAUAGUGUUCUGACGACCAAGGGGAGGUUGACUUUGAUUCCCAAAGCCUUCUGAUUGAGAUGAAUAAAUGCUGUAAUGGACUAAAGCCCUAAGGAAGUUAAUGGUGAUCUUGAACAUACACAAUUUUCCUUCUUAGAUUUUUAAAAAAGUAACUUGUCCUGGCCAGGUGGCUGAGUUGGUUAGAGCAUUGUUCUGAUAUGCCAAGGUUGUAGGUUCGAUUCCUGGUCAGGGCACAUGCAAGAAUCAACCAGUGAAUGCAAAAAUAAGUGGAACAACAAAUUGAUGUCUCUCUGUCUUCCUCUCUCUAGAAUCAAUAAAUUUAAAAAAAUGACGUGUGAAAAAUACUUUGUCCUAUACCCUUUAAAAUGGCUUUAAAAUUUGAUAUACUUUAAAAAAGUGCAAUAGGAUGCGAUUAUGCUAUUAGUAUAUUAAAAGCAUGUUUCUGUUUCUUAGUUAUAAGGUCAUUUAAUGGAAUAAAGAUCACAGCAUCA